UAGCAUCGGGCAACUCAGGCUCGACGCAUGCAUGUACCAUACAGCGCGCGUACCAUACCUAUAUGUGUUAUAGUAUCGUACAUUUGCGCACUCGAUACCGCGUCCGAAUAUAAAUAUAAGCAACGCACCUAACAAAACGUCUCGAAGCAAGCAACAACAACAACGAGCCAACGAUCGAGUGCAGCUCGCGCGUAAAAUAAUAUCGAUGUGUUGACAAAACAACAGCGACAGUAACAAACAUCAACGAUUACAAGUGUGUCGUCGCGAUUGUCUUCGGUCGUCGUCAUCUCGCAUUGACGUCGUCGUCGUGAAAGAGAAAAAGAGAGGGAUGAACUGCAAGUACGACUGUUGUAUCAGCAGACAGUCUGGCGGCUGAUCGAGUAAUCGUUUGUUUAUUCUAACGAUCUGCGUGUGCUGCUGCUGCGCUGCUCUAAAAAAAUAUAUAAAAAUAUAUGUACGCGUGCACGAGUAGCGAAGAAGCUUGGAAAUAAAAACUAAACACUGGCGAAAAUUGCAAAAGUCGCUGCUCUCUUGCGUACGCGCGCCUCGAGUAUAAUCGGAGCAACGCGUAAAUUGCAGUGUGUCGAUCGUGAAGCAGCGUGAUCGAAUCGGACGCUCGCCCGACUACUUUUUUCUCUCUUCUUCGUUUCAUUUUCUUAUAUACACACAACACUAUCUCACUACACCAGACACUUACACAAAAGUACACGAAUAACACACUUGGUGAAAAAAAGUGCAGAGGUGCAUUGCUUUUCCAAGCCAAAGGUGCGCAUAUAUACCUUUCUUUUCUUUCAACCCACACAAACACACAAACACACCCACACCCACACACAUGAAUUUAUGUAGGAUAAACAGAUCCAUGCAUAGUCUGGGCAAAGUAGAGUCCGUGAAUCGACGAGUGUUGCGGUGCGUGCUGUGCUGGUGAUCGUGUUUACGUCAAAUUGUGCGUCGCGGGCAAGAAGGCCAGGGCCGCAUCGAGCCGCAUAGUGCCAAGUCGAAAUCGUCACACAGACUAUUCGCGGGAAAAUGACGUCGCCUGCGAGACUCGUCGCGCUUCUGCUGCUGCUGCUGCUGUCGGUGCUGCUCGUGUCGGAGCCGGUGCUCGGCCGGCCUCAGCACAAUUACGACGCGGCUGCCAACGGCCACGAGGAGGACGCCCAGUGCCUAGUGCUGCGACGUUUCUUCGACAAUUACGAUGGCAGGGCCGAGAAUCGAUCCUCCAGCAUACCUCGUGUUCCGCCAGCUCCGUCCUCCCAUCAAAACACGAUUUGCGGUGGGCGUUGCUGCGAUCACGAGACGGAGGAACAUCUGCGCCAACAAGCCAAGGAUGACUUCUACGACCAGAUCCAUCAUCACAGUCGCAGUCUACUCGGUCUCCUGGCAACUACCGCCGAUGCCCUCAGGGAAACGGUAACGACGCUGACGCGCCAGUCGGAGAACAAAACGGUGACUCUGUUCAGUCAAGUGUACCGAGGCAUGGCGAGCCAGAGCGCACCGACGAUCUCGGCGCUGUACCAGGCGAUGGUGGACUACGUGUCGCCGGCCAACGCGGCCGAGAGCCUCCAGCAGCAGCCCCUCAGCCAGGACAUGCUGCACGAGCGCUUCGCCGACUUCUUCAAGCGGCUCUUCCCGAUCGCCUAUCACCGGGCCAUCAAUCCGAGCCAGCCCCAGCACGACUUCAGCGCGAGGUUCAAGAGCUGCCUGCACGAGCGCAUGGGCGAGAUCGAGCCGUUCGGCGACAUACCCAAGCAGAUCGGCGGCUCGCUCGUCAAGAGCUUGGAGGCCACGCGGGUCCUCAUACAGGCCCUCGCCCUGGGCAGGAGCGUCCUCGAGAAGACCGACGGCCUCAUCUUCUCGGGCUCGAGCGAGCAGCAGGAGGCCUGCUACAAGGCGCUGCUCAGGAUGACUCACUGUCCCAAGUGCAAAGGCAUUCCUCGAGCCGUCAUGCCCUGCCGAGGCUUCUGCACCAAUGUCAUGAAGGGAUGCAUGAUGGAACCAGCCUUGGAGCUGGACCUCGUCUGGUCGCAAUACAUCGAGACGGUGGAGCGCUUGGUCGUCGCAGUGGAACGCGGUCCCAACGACGAUCCGCUCGGAUUGAAUGUCGAGAAGGCGGUAAGACAUCUGGACAGCCGAAUUUCCGACGCGGUUAUGCACGCCAUGGAGAAGGGACCGUCCCUCGAAGAGAAGGUACGGCAGAUCUGCGGCCGUCCAGAGUUCGAGAGCACGUCCACGCUGUCGAUAAAUUUGCCAACGUCGACGUCGACGUCGUCCUCGUCGAGCCCUCGGUCCAACGGCCAGCUGCUGGGCAUACUGGUGAGCAGGCAAUUACACGCGCAAUUGGGCAACUUUUUGGCCAGCGUCUAUCGAUCGAGGACGUUCUACGGGACCCUGGCCGACACCAUAUGCGAGGAUUACCCCGAACGGUCCUGCUGGAACGGCGAGCGAGUCGGAGAAUACGCCAAAACAGUGGUCGAUUCGAGCCUGAUAUCGCAGAAAUACAAUCCGGAGUUUGCAUUCAUGACGUCUGCGUCGAGCAAUAAAGGCUACAGUAAUGACAAUACGAGUGUCCUUAUCGACCAACUGAGACACAUCAAUCAGGUGGUGCAGUCGCAGCUAAGCAUGGCCCCGGAUCCCAGUGUGCUACUAGCCGACGAGGGCCUCGAAGGCUCGGGUAGCGGCGACAGUCCUAUGUGGUCGAGGAAACCCGGUCACGAGCCGGACGAUACCGAAGACGAGGAGGACGACGUCGGAGAUGACGACGAAGAGGCCUCGGGUUCUGGAAUGGGACCAACUAGGAAUGACCGAAUCUCACCAGAUGACGACAGUGAUUUGCCCGAAACUGGCGGCGGUGCUGCAGGAAUCAGCGUCAGUCUCACCAUAAUAUUGCUCACACUAUCGUUGGGCGUAGUUUAACCACGUUUGGAAAAGUGAUUGUUUAUCGGAUCAAAAAAACUAUCGUGAAGAAAGAAAAUUAAGAAAAGGGACAGUAGUCUGGAAUCCCCUUUUGAUAUAAAUACGAGAGACGCAAGGCUCGUGAAUGACAUAAAAAAAUUGGAAAUAGUAAAAGAGAUGAAAAGAAGAAAAAAUCGACGAUGUACAGAGCAUAUGUGUAUGUUAUUAUUAUGCAGCUUCUAUAUACAAGUUUUGUAUAUAGUAAUAUUAUAUAUACUAUAGAGAACGAUAUUUAUGUUCAUUGUCUCGCGUGCGUGCGUGUGUGAUUCUUUUCUCUCUUUUUUCGCCCUAAUGGUUCUGGUCACUUAAUCAUACGUAAUAACAAACUUUGAUUGGGCGUGAUUCGGAAUGUCGUUGUUUAAGGUAACAAAUACAUGUGUAUUAUAUAUUUUAUGUUUUGUAUAAGGCGAGCGGAUUUGCCAAUAUCAAGCUUUAACAUUUGAUUUAUUACUUAGGUAUUUUUUUAUUUUAUGUACACAAUCGCAGUAGAUAUAAGUGUAUCGGGAAGGAAAUUGCCUGUACCGCCACGAUCGACGUGCAAACAUUGUAACACUGAUUUGUAUAAACACUUUUUUGAGUACGAAAUUAUAAUUUAUUUAUGGUUAUACGAAAAUUUUUAUUUAAUUAAUUUUUACAACUCUAACUCAGCUUUUUUGUAUGUAAUUGCCUAUUAUAAACGACUCAACGGCACAAAGUGAUCGAAGUGUCCGCUCGUCUUGCAUCGAAUUUUGUACAGAAAAGAAUUAUGAACUGUAUGAUAAUAAGCAAGAUCUAGCGAGUAUUAUUAUUUCAGGAGUUCAUGAAAAUGAAGCGCUGAAAAAAGCGACUUGAUUAUACGAUGCUUGAAUCAAGUAGUUGUAUACUAUCGCGUUCCGGGAUAUGCUAGAACUCGUUAACGCUUUUCGAAGUUCGAUUAAAAGUGUUAGAGCUUUGCUUGCCAUUAAUCUUAUUUUCCUCCGAGCGAGAAAAUUUUCUUCAAAAAAACUUAACGAGCGAUGACACGUGUAUAAUAUUAAUUGUACUACGAAAAAGCUUGACUUUUAUUACUUGAGCACAAAAAAUUUUCGUUAAAAAAACCAUUUAAAGGAGAUGAAAAGUAGAUAGAUGAGAAAUUUUAUAUAUAACAAGAGAAUUUGGAAUAUGAACAUGACUUUUUAUCAAGUCUUUUACACUGUGCGAAAGAUCACAAUAAACUGAAUUUCCUAUAAGAAUUAUUUAUAGUAGAAAAAUGCAAUGCUGGAAAUUGUUCAAGCACUUUAUAUUAUCAUGUAUUUUAUUUAGAUUUAGAUAAAUAAUCGAACAAUCAAUUUACUUAUUGAAUCAUUUAUCCUUUUAAAAAUAAGUCUAUGUGUGCGAUAAAACUGUGAAAAAAGACUAAAGAAUAAAAAAAAGUUUAUCAUUGAUACGCGAAGUCUGAAAAAUAAAUGGUUCAUAUGUGAACCUUUGAAUUUCGAUGGCAACACGUGCACCUGACUCGUUGAUUUUUAUGCAUUGUAUACAUUUUCCAUUUUAAUUAUUUUUUAUGAUUCAAUUAUCUUUUUUGUAGUGCCUUUGUCUGGUACAUUUAAUUUUGACUUUUUUGAAAUUUACGUCGUAACUCAUAAUGUUCUAUUAUCUUCGAUCUUUCCUAAAUCAAUUUAUAUUGUUUUGAUUUUUGCUCUUUAGCUUGUAACAAGAAUAGGAUUACGUAGGCAUUUGAAAUUGACAAGAGUUUGAGGCGUCGAAAAGCAUAACCAUAUAAUUCAAUUAAUUAUUUUUCGCUUCAAAUUAGUAGAGUGCGUUCAAUUUAUUCUACCUCGAUUAAACUUUAAAACGUGUGGGUGAAUAUGUAAGUAUGCGAGCAAAUGUAAGAUUAUGUAUGAAUAAUGUGAAAGUAAUGAAUUCGGAAAGUACGGAGAAUUGUAAAUAAGAAAGUGUGUGAUGUAUUUAUAAAUGCAAUUAUAAUAUAUGUAAAUCAUAGCAUAUAAUUAAACAUAUUACAAUUGAUACUAUUAUCACUACUAUAACUAACAAAAAGAAUUAAAAAUAAACCCGAAUUUCGUGUAAAAAUCUAAAGUGAAUGUACAUCCAUAUUGAGUAAAAAUGAGAACUGCUUAUGUUAUACGAACAAGGCAAUCAAAGUAUGCGCAAAUUAUAUAAUAUAUGGUAUAUAUUUGUUGAUUUUGCAAAAAAAAAAAAACAUUUCUGUAUAUGAGGAUUGUUAGAAAAAUGAAAUUAUAAGUGUACUUCGAAAGUGUGUGCUCCUCUUUCGAUUAUAGUGUAUCCAACAGAGUAAUUAUUACCUAACAAGAAUAAAAAAGCGCAUAAUGCA